AUGGAAUUCUUUCAAGCUUGUCUGGUUUCAGUGGUGAAUGCACAACGCUCUCCAACGGAAACGCAAGACGGCGAUGCCAGUGUGGCGUUGGUCAUCAACGGCGACUCGCUCGCCUUCGCGCUCGACGAGCGGCUCGAGCGAAUUUUCCUUGAAGUCGCCACCAUGUGUGCGGCGGUUAUCUGCUGUAGAGUGACGCCACUUCAAAAGGCUCAAGUGGUCGAUCUGGUGAAGAGGAACAAAAAAGCCGUAACGCUGUCUAUCGGUCAUGAAGGAAUGCAAGCUGUUCUAGCUUCAGACUAUUCGGUUGGACAGUUCAAAUAUCUGGAACGGCUUUUGUUAGUACACGGGAGAUGGUCGUAUUUUCGAAUGGCGAAGUUUCUAAGAUAUUUUUUCUACAAAAACUUUGCGUUCACAUUGACAAACUUCUGGUACUCGUUCUUCUGUGGAUACUCAGCAGAAGUAUGUAUUCUUUCCAUCGAUAACACGCUUCACUUAGGAGGUGCACAUUGUUCUUUACGUAGUCAGAACUCGUUCGCAUUGCACUCGUAA